UUCCUGCGAGCGACUGGCCGAGGACCCCGGACAGCAGAGGCCCCAGGACGACCGAGCUGAUGGCGUCUUCGACCCCUUCUUCGUCCGCAACCUCCUCGAAUGCGGGAGCGGACCCCAAUACUACCAACCUGCGCCCCACAACAUAUGACACCUGGUGCGGCGUGGCCCAUGGAUGCACCAGAAAACUGGGGCUCAAGAUCUGCGGCUUCCUGCAAAGGACCAACAGCCUGGAAGAGAAGAGCCGACUUGUGAGCGCCUUCAAGGAGAGGCAGUCCUCCAAAAACCUGCUUUCCUGUGAAAACAGUGACAGGGAUGGACGCUUCCGGCGCACGGAGACAGACUUCUCCAACCUGUUUGCUCGAGAUCUGCUUCCGGCUAAGAACGGGGAAGAGCAAACUGUGCAGUUCCUACUGGAGGUGGUAGACAUACUCCUCAACUAUGUCCGCAAGACAUUUGAUCGCUCCACCAAGGUGCUGGACUUCCAUCACCCGCACCAGCUGCUGGAAGGCAUGGAGGGCUUCAACUUGGAGCUCUCUGACCACCCUGAAUCCCUGGAACAGAUCUUGGUUGACUGCAGAGACACCCUGAAGUAUGGGGUUCGUACAGGUCACCCUCGAUUUUUCAACCAGCUCUCCACUGGACUGGAUAUCAUUGGUUUAGCUGGCGAAUGGCUGACGUCAACUGCCAAUACCAAUAUGUUUACAUAUGAAAUUGCACCAGUAUUUGUCCUCAUGGAGCAAAUAACACUUAAGAAGAUGAGGGAGAUAGUUGGAUGGUCAAGUAAAGACGGUGAUGGGAUAUUUUCUCCUGGGGGAGCCAUCUCCAACAUGUACAGCAUCAUGGCCGCUCGCUACAAGUUCUUCCCGGAAGUUAAGACAAAGGGCAUGGCAGCUGUUCCCAAACUGGUCCUCUUCACCUCAGAACAUAGUCACUAUUCCAUAAAGAAGGCUGGAGCUGCACUUGGCUUUGGAACCGACAAUGUGAUUUUGAUAAAGUGCAAUGAAAGGGGGAAGAUAAUUCCAGCUGAUUUAGAGGCAAAAAUUCUUGAAGCCAAGCAAAAGGGAUACGUUCCCCUUUAUGUCAAUGCAACUGCUGGUACAACUGUUUAUGGAGCUUUCGAUCCGAUACAGGAGAUUGCAGAUAUAUGUGAGAAAUACAACCUGUGGCUACAUGUCGACGCUGCCUGGGGCGGUGGGCUGCUUAUGUCCAGGAAGCACCGCCACAAACUCAGUGGCAUAGAAAGGGCCAACUCAGUCACCUGGAACCCUCACAAGAUGAUGGGCGUGCUGUUGCAGUGCUCGGCCAUCCUCGUCAAGGAAAAGGGUAUACUCCAAGGAUGCAACCAGAUGUGUGCAGGAUACCUUUUCCAGCCAGACAAACAGUAUGAUGUCUCCUAUGACACUGGGGACAAGGCAAUCCAGUGUGGCCGCCACGUGGACAUUUUCAAGUUCUGGCUGAUGUGGAAAGCAAAGGGCACAGUGGGAUUUGAAAAUCAGAUCAACAAAUGCUUGGAGCUGGCUGAAUACCUCUAUGCCAAGAUUAAAAACAGAGAAGAAUUUGAGAUGGUUUUCGAUGGUGAGCCUGAGCAUACAAAUGUCUGUUUCUGGUAUAUUCCACAAAGCCUCAGGGGCAUUCCAGAUAGCCCUGAACGACGGGAAAAACUACACAGGGUGGCCCCCAAAAUCAAAGCCCUGAUGAUGGAGUCUGGCACGACCAUGGUUGGCUACCAGCCCCAGGGGGACAAGGCCAACUUUUUCCGGAUGGUCAUCUCGAACCCAGCUGCUACACAGUCUGAUAUUGACUUCCUCAUCGAGGAGAUAGAAAGACUGGGCCAGGAUCUGUAA